UAAAACUUAAGCAAACAUAACAUUAAAGAUGAAGAUUAAAGACAAUCUUUAUUAGCAUUUGAAAUACACUUCCAGUAAAAUAGCCUUUGAUUGAGUGCUCGCCAAUACAUAUCAUCGAAAUGAUGGCAUUAAGAAAAUUGUUUCGCCUUAAGCCAGGCUCCAGUGAUUCGCGAUCGGUCAGCGCUAAAGACAAUGGCGGUCGACGAUCAAAGAGAUCGUCGACCACUUCUUCUCCAUCAUCUCACUCGUCAUCGCCGACUUGUUUGCCAAACGGUCACUCAUCAGCUCGUAAUCACCAAAUUGUUCCGACAACUAAUCAGCCAUUGAGUCGCCAGACAUCUCCAGAUAAGUCAACGAACAAACCCUCCAACUGUACAAUUAGGUCAAGACGUUUGCUUAAAGAAUACCAAGAGUUAUGCCGUAGUGUCCAAAACAACACCCAAAACGGUUUUACACCCUUUACUGUCGAUUUAGUGAACGACAGUCUCAACGAGUGGAACGUUAAGGUCUACCAGUUUGACAGCGAUUCUCAGUUUUAUCGCGAUAUGAAAGAGUUGAGCGUCGAGUAUGUGCUCCUCAACGCAACGUUCCCCGAGAACUACCCGUUUGCCCCACCCUUUGUCAGAGUCGUGUCACCACAUAUUGAAAAGGGUUUUGUUAUGGAAGGAGGAGCUAUCUGCUUAGAGCUGCUGACCCGACACGGCUGGGCCUCUGCCUAUACUAUGGAGGCAGUGAUAAUGCAAUUGUGUGCCAGUUUUGUGAAAGGACAGGCACGGAUCAAACGUAAUAAAGGAAACGCCAAACAGUUCAGCAAAAAACUGGCCGAAGCUUCCUUCAGAAAUGUUAUUAAAAUCCAUGACCGACACGGAUGGGUGAGUGACGCUUAG